AUGGCCGAUUCUGUAAUUGGUGCUACCGUUCAAGUUUUGCUUGAAAAAUUGCUUUCUCUCACUAUUGAGGAAUUCAGUAGCUCAAGGGACUGCAACAAAGAGCUUGAAAUGCUGACACAAAAUGUAUCCUUGAUCCAAGCUUUCAUUCAUGAUGCCGAAAGACGACAAGUUGACGAUCAGGCUGUGAAACUAUGGCUCAACAGGCUUGAGAGAGCUGCUGAAAAUGCUGAAUAUGUGUUUGACAAAUUCAGGUAUGAAUCUCUCAAAAGACAAGUGAAGAUCAGAAACAAUCCAAUGAGAAAGGUCAGUGAUUUCUUUUCUCAUUCAGCUUUUAAGAACAAAAUGUCUCGAAAAAUCAACAACAUUAAUGAGGAGUUGAGGGCUAUCAAUAAGGUAGCCAAAAACCUUGGUCUCCAAUCACUCAUGGUUCCUCCUCGGAAAAUACUGCCAAUUCGAGAAACAGAUUCCAUAGUAGUUCCUUCUGAUGUUGUUGGCAGAGACAACGAUGUUGCUGAAAUAAAGAGGAAGAUGUUGAACAUUAGAGAUGAUGUUGUUCUGUGCACCAUUCCCAUAGUGGGUAUGGGGGGUUUAGGGAAAACAACUUUGGCCAAGAGAAUUUUCAAUGAUGAACAGAUCGAGAAGCACUUUGAAAAGAGAGUAUGGUUAUGUCUACCUGAAAUGUCAGAAAUUAAGAGCUUUCUUGAACUGAUCCUCGAAGCAUUGACUGAGAGGAAACUUGAGGUCCAGAGUAGAGAUAUUAUAGUCAAGAAGGUCCGAGAUGAACUGGCAGGAAGAAAGUAUUUGAUUGUCCUGGAUGAUUUGUGGCGUGUUGACCCAACAUUGUGGGAUGAGUUUGUGGACACCUUGAGAGGAAUAAAUACAUCCCGAGGAAACUUCAUUCUUGUGACUACUCGUAUGGAAUUGGUGGCAUCCACUGUAGCAGCAGUACUAGGUCCUCAUAUGUUGGAAAAAUUAGCAGAAGAUCAUUGUUGGUCCAUUUUCAAACAAAGAGCGUUUGUUGAUGGGAAAAUUCCAGAGGAAAUAGUGAGCAUGGAGAAAAGGAUUGUUGAAAUGUGCCAAGGUCUACCAUUGGCGGCAAGUGUGAUGGGAGGCCUCUUACGCAGUAAGGAAAAAGAUGAAUGGCAGGCAAUUCUUGAUGGAAACCCCCUUGUUGCAGGUGAAAAUGAUAACGGAGAAAAGAGCAUAAAGAAAAUCCUAAAGCUCAGCUAUGAUUAUCUACCAUCUCCACAACUGAAAAAAUGCUUUGCUUACUUUGCAAUGUUUCCAAAAGAUUUUGAGUUUGAAAAGGAACAACUUAUCCAACUCUGGAUGGCAGAAGGCUUUCUCCAUCCAUGUCAAGAGACCACUGUGAUGGAAGACGUUGGGCACAGGUUUUUUCAAAUCUUGUUGAAAAAUUCCUUGCUACAAGAUGUUGAGUUACAUGAGCACAACAAUAUAAGACAUUGUAAGAUGCACGAUCUUGUGCAUGAUUUGGCUGGAGAUAUCUUAAAAUCUAAACUAUUUGAUCCGACGGGCGACGAUGGAGAAAAACUUUCUCUAGUUCGAUACUUUGGAUGUGAGUCACCAAUGGAUCAAAUAGAUAAGAUAUAUGAGCCAGAACGUUUGUGCACACUGUUUUGGAGAAACAAUUAUAUAUGGGAAGAUAUACUGUUGAGCUUUAAGUUCAUGAGAGUUUUAGAUUUGUCCAGUUCAGGAAUCAGGGAGUUGUCGGCCAAAAUUGGGAAGCUGAUAUACUUGAGAUAUCUUGAUCUCUCCGACACUAAGAUCACAGCCUUGCCCAACUCCAUUUGCGAGCUCUAUAAUUUGCAAACAUUUAGAGUCAUCAACUGCUUUUCACUCAAGGAACUUCCAUAUGAGAUGAGAAAUAUGAUAAGUUUGAGACACAUAUAUUACACUUCUGUUGACAGAACUCAGUACUGGGGAGGAUGGUGUAUUCGCAAUGAACAUUUUCAGAUGCCACUUAAUAUGGGGCAAUUGACUAGUCUUCAAACCCUCCAGUUUUUCAAGGUUGGUUUAGAGAAAGGUCGUCAAAUAGAAGAAUUAGGUCAUUUGAAAAACCUAAGAGGUGAAUUGACGAUCAAUGGUCUCCAAUUGAUCUGUGAUAAAGAAGAGGCUCGAACAACAUAUUUACAGGAGAAACCAAAUAUCUGCAAGCUGGCAUAUUUAUGGACCCAUGAUGAAUCAGAAGGGUGUGAGAUCAAUGAUGAGUAUGUGUUGGAUGGUCUUCAACCGCAUCCUAACUUGAAAACCUUAGCAGUAGUGGGCUAUUUAGGGACUAAAUUUCCUUCAUGGUUCAGUGAAGAGUCGCUACCAAAUUUGGUCAAGUUGAAAUUAAGUGGUAGCAAAAGGUGCAAAGAAAUUCCAUCCCUUGGCCAACUGAAAGUCCUUCAGCAUCUUGAGCUGGUAGGAUUCCAUGAGUUGGAAUGCAUUGGACCUGCUUUAUAUGGUGUUGAGAUUAGCAAUAUUGGAUCAAGCAGCAUUAUCCAAGUGUUCCCGUCAUUGAAAGAACUAGUAUUGGAGGAUAUGCGUAGCCUUAUUGAGUGGAAGGGAGAUGAAGUUGGAGUAAAAAUGUCUCCCGGGCUUGAGAAGUUGAGGAUUACAGACUGUCCACUGUUAAAAAGUACUCCAACUCAAUUUGAAAUCCUCCGUCAAUUAGAAAUUAGAGGAGUUGACAGUGAAAUGCCAUUGUUGAACUUGUGCAGCAACUUGACAUCUCUUGUGGAUCUUUAUGUUAGUAAUGUGAAAGAGCUCACUUGUCUUCCAGAUGAGAUGCUACGCAACAACGUUUCUCUUCAAUACCUAUCGGUCAUCGACUGUGGAGAGUUUCGUGAAUUGCCACAAAGCUUGUACAAUCUCCAUUCUCUUAAGAGAUUAAUGAUUGACAGCUGCACCAAUUUCAGUUCUCUUCCUGUUCCCAAUGGAGACAACUAUUUGACUUCCCUCCAAUUAUUGCUGUUAUGUAAUUGUGAUGGAUUGAUCAGUUUACCAAUUGGAAUGCUAGAUCAAUGCCAGUCUCUAGUGUUUUUGAAUGAGUAG